AUGUCGGUCACUUCUGAUGGAAACAAGAACUUUCAUAGUUUUGUUCAAAGAUUUUGUCGAGCUGAUCAAUUCACAAUCUCAGCUGGUUUGUUUUUAUCUCGUUUUCACUUCAUUUUUUGUGUAGAUUUUAGGGUCCUUGAUCACUCAAAUAUCGAUAAACAAUCAGAUGGAAUGAGUGUUAUUUUCAAAGACUUAUGUCGAAAAAGAUUUUCCGAUAUGGGAAAAAUUACUUUUCUUUAUUUACAAAAGCAUCAGUAA